UUCAACAAGCUUCGGCUGGCAGGACAGCUUUGUGAUGUGGUCCUCAUCGCAGACGGUGUUAAGUUCAAUGCCCAUAGAGUGAUUCUGUGUGGCUGUAGCUCCUACUUCCAGGCUCUGUUCGCCAGUGGCUGGAGUGAUUCAGGAAAGCGAGAGUACCAACUCCCAGGCAUUUCCCCAGAAACACUGAGGCAGGUCAUAGAGUACGCCUACACGUACUCUGUGGUCAUCACAGCUGACAAUGUGGAGAACCUCCUGGCAGCUGCUGAUUAUCUCAGUGUCCUGGGCAUCGUGCAGCGCUGCUGUGAUUUCCUGCAUGAGCAGCUCUGCCUUCAGAACUGCAUUGGCCUUUUCCCCGUAUUCUACCUCCCCGAGCUGCACCAGUCUGUUUUCAGCUUUAUCCUUAAGAACUUCAAGGAGGUUGCCAGCAUCUCAGAGGAGUUCAUAGAUCUGUCCCUGCAAGAACUUUGCGACAUUAUUGAGAAGGAUGAGCUGAAUGUGAAACAGGAAGAUGCGGUGUUUGAGGCCAUCCUCCAGUGGAUCGAGCACGAGCCUGCCACCCGAGAGGCCCACAUUUCAGUUCUGUUGCCCAAGGUUCGCAUGGCUCGUAUGGAUCCGGCGUACUUUAUGAAGAUCGUCAAAGCUAACGAUCUGGUGAAGGCCAAUGCGGCGUGCAGGCCAAUUAUCAGCCACUGA